AUGGAUCCAACAAGUGGCGAUCAGACCCCGAACCCGAUCCCGAACCCGAACCCCAACAUGGACCCCACCCAGUUCCUGAUGCUGCAAAUCAUGGAGCUGUGGAAAGAAGUGAAGAAGAAGCAAGGAUCCAGCGAAGAUUACGUGAUGAACGCACUUGCCACUCGUCUACCAGAAUUCAACCAUGACCCUGAGAAUGGAUGCACGUUUGACGUAUGGCUGCAACGCUAUGAGAAUAUAAUCAAGAACGACGGAGCCGCACUGGAUGACAACGCAAAAGCCAGGCUGAUAGUAUCCCGGCUCGACCAGAAGACACAUGCCCGUCUCGCAAACACAAUCGCUCCUAAGAAGAUCGAAGACAUGGACUUACAAACGACAAUAGCGACUUUAUUGAAGCUAUUUGGAUGCCGUAAGUCAGUUUUCACACGCCGAUACGAGUGUAUGAGGAUGAAAUACCAUUCAUCGAUGCCAUUAUCGGACUUCGUCGCAGAAGUCAACCGGAACGUGGAAAACGCAGAAUUUGCUGCUAUGACUGGUGAGCAGUUCAAGUGCUUAAUUUUCGUAAGCGCUCUAGAAGAUGACGAUUGUGUUGCACUACGAACCCAUGUACUGAAGAAAAUGAAGGCCGAACCGGACACAACUCUGAUGGAUCUACUGGAAGAGUGCAACGACUACUCGGAAUUGCAGUCUCACAUUGAAAUGAUCGGCAAAGCCAAGGUACCACAGGUCCAUGCAAUUCAGAGGGAUGAAAAUCCGCAAGUCAACGCGAUGCAGCGAGGCGAAAAGCGGAAAUCGUCCACUGAUCAGAAGCCCAAAGCAGAUUUACUUUGUCAACUCGUCUAUGUGAAGGACUACCGAACAGUUAAUAAAACUGCCUGGAUUCCUGGAAUAAUUUGCAAGCAAAUUGGCGAUGUCACAUACGAAGUAAAAGUUGAUCCUGGAAUCUGGAUCCGGCACGCUGACCAGAUCAAACCACGUGCAUCUAUGGACUCAACAGCUGAAGCCACAAAUGAUAGUUCUGACACGAUUAUUCCCUCAAAACCAGCAACAUCUCCGCAGGCACAACUGGAUCAGGGAGAAACCACCGCGACACUUUCAGCUAUAUCUCGCCCCACUCGAACCCGACGUCCACCAAGUCGUCUCAUAGUAAACCCACAUGCCGCUACUUACCAUUAUACUUGA